AUGGUCGAACAACAGGUCAAAGAUGCGCUAGCUAAAGUUCACAGUACAUCGUCCAUUUCAAAGGGUAGGCCUUAUCCAGAGGAAUUCGAUUCGGUUCCCUAUCCGAAAGGAUUUGUCCCUCCGUCUUUCAAAAAUUUCGAUGGUACGGGAAACCCUAAACAACAUCUAGCUCAUUUCAGAGCUAGUUGUUGUAAUGCAGGCGGUAGUGACGCUCUAUUGUUCAGACAAUUUGUCAGUAGUCUAUCUUGGAUCGCAUUUGAUUGGUAUGCGGAACUGCCUAAUGGGUCGGUCCAUACCUUCAAUGACUUGGAAGCAAUGUUCGUCAAAAGAUUUGCUGGUGCGAAGCAUCAUAUUACUGUUGGUGAUUUGGUGGUGGAAACCCAGAAGCCAGGAGAAAGUCUGGUUGAUUAUAUUCUGAGAUGGAUAAAUCUCAGUAUGAGAUGUGAACCGCAACUACAAGAGAAGCACGCCAUAGAGAUCCUCCUAAAAAACAUUCAUAGCCCAGUUGCUUUCUUGCUCAAGGGUUUUACCAUUAAAACCUUUGAGAAGUUAUUAAACAAAGCUUCUAACCUUCAGGAGGAAGUUUCCCAGCUUCCGUUCGCCAAAGAUUCAACUUCUUUAGAAAUGAAAAAGUUGAAACCUCAGAAGGUGCUAGAAAAGAAGUCAGGGACAGUGUCUGCAGUAGAUAAAGGGAAACAGCCGAUGCAGAUUCAGACAGAAAAUCCUAAUCGACCUCCCCAAUAUCAACAAUAUAAUAGACCUCAGGGCGAGCAACAAACCAGACCUCGGCCAUAUCUGACUCAAGAACAACAGAAAGAGAAGUUUGAAUUCUUUAUGAAAAAAGUCUAUCCUUUCAAACGAGAAGCAAUCAAGAAGAUGUUCAAAAGUCUGAUAAAAAAGCCGGGAUUUAAAUUACCUGAAUCCAAGAGACCCGAAGAAGCAGCUAAGGCGGGGCAACCAAACUUUUUUUCAUAUCAUCGGAUGUCAGGUCAUGAGUUAGAGGAUUGCAUAACCUUCAAAGAGUGGCUGGACAAAAAUCAUAAGGAUGGUACAGUCGUGAUACCCAAAGAAUACUUGGUUGACCCUAGUCAGGGUUCUGCCAAGUGUAUAUUUGUAGUUCGUCAGCAGAAGAAGAAUAAGGCCCCAAUCAUAGAGCCCAAAGAAGUCAAAGCUGAUCAAGCUCCACUAGUCCUGGAGAAGGACCAGAAGAAGGAGUCAGAAUUAGAUUCUGAUAAGUUAGUUAUUUCUGAAAAUGGCGAGCAUGUGUCGCUCAAACCUUUAACUCUGUAUGACUUUUAUUUUGUCCCUCCCGUGGCUAAGAAAGCAAUGAAAAAGGAUUCCGCGUAUAUUAUGUUUGUUUCUGCUGAUGAAUACCCCGAUCAUAACAUCAAUAAUAAUGAAAAUAACUCUCAAGACAUAAAUACGAACGAAACAGAUAAACAGUUUCAAUUCUAUUACGAUAGUGACUCCCCUAUUCUUGAUGUUGAGGGUGAUCCUAUUAAUAUAGAAUUAGAACUAUCAGAUUCAGAUGCACCGCCAGAAGAAACCCAGACAUCAACCAAAGAUCAACCGAUAAAGACCAUUGAUAAUGCCUCAUCCGAAGAAGUAGUGCAAGUCAAUCUUCGUAGUGGUAAAAUUUUACCCCCACGACUCGCAUCUACUGGGAAGGAGAAGCAAAUUACAGAUAACCCUGAAAUUGCUAAUCAACCACAACCAUUUCAAGAGCCAGAAUUAGAGAAUACUGAGAUUUCGAAGGUCGAUUAUAACGUAUUAGCGCAUCUUAGAAAACUGCCAGCAAAAUUGAGCAUAUAUGACGCUCUGGUUCUUUCCAAAGAAAUGAGGGAAGCUUUAGUUAAAGCUUUACUCGAUCCAGAGAUCUGUAUAGCUCAAUUAGCUUCAACACAUUCUGAUGAAGAAGCAUUAUAUUUCAAAGAAGUUCCUGGUGUCACUUUUUCAGAUGAAGAUUUGCUAUUGGGAACAGCGGAUCAUAAUCGUCCACUAUACAUCUCCGUCACCAUCGAUAAUUUCAAAGUAUCCCGUGUGCUCGUCGACCCAGGUGCAUCAGUCAACAUCAUGGCGCUCAAAAUUCUCGCAUAUCUAAGGGUUGAUACUCGUAAACUCAGUUCUGACAAGAUGAUGUUACGAGGAUUCAAUGAGAAAGGAGAGAGAGCAUUAGGCUCAAUAACACUAGCUUUUUAG